GUGAAUAAGGAAACAUCAGGGAAUAAUUCUUUUUCCAUUUUUUGAAAGACUAUUAUUUUUGGCAUUCAGCUGACAUAAGCAUGUGGACAUUUUUAAUCACUUUAACUUUAUGUGCUGGCUUGGGACAAGCUGCCCCUUCUUCUCAACCAGACGAAUGUAAAACUCUACUAAGGGUACCAAAUGCAGAUUCCAGAUCUAAAAAUGGUGUUCAGAAAAUCACCUUCACAUGCAGAGAAGAUUAUGAACUUGAAAAUGGACAAAAAACUCUUCAAGCACAUUGUUCUGAUGAACGUAAAUGGGUUUGGGACUCAGAUUCGUCUAUUAAGAAAUUUUGCAAACCAAUUUGCAGUCUACCUUGUGAAAACGGUGGCACAUGUAUUUCACCCAAUAAAUGUGCAUGCGAAGUUGGAUAUACUGGAGAACAAUGCGAAAACAGCAUCAUCAAUUGUGAUUUUCCAGUUUUAGAAAACACAAAGUUCUCAGCAGUUAACGAUGGAUUAGGAGUAAACGCGACGGUUGAAUGUGACAAAGGAUAUACAUUCGAAGAUAAGAGUACUGAAAAGAACAUUUUUUGCACGAGCGAUCAAUGGUUUUCAUCUGAAACUGGCGAACCUGUUGAUGAUAUCAUUGAGAAUGGUUGCAACUAAUUCAUGGCUUCUUACGGAUGUUUGUGAUGAAUCUAUAUCGAACUUUUGAUGAAAAUGGUUUUGACCGAAAUCCGAUUAAGUUAUCACUUUCAAACUACGAAUUAUAUAUUCAAGUGAGAUAGAAUUUUC